GCUUUUUGCAGAAUCCAUGUUCGCCUGCUGCACGCUCACUGCCGUCCCCAAUGGCUGAUGCAAUCAGCGCGGCCGGCUCGUGCUUGCAGCCCCUGUGGGAAUGCCUGGAUGCCACAGGUGUGGCCGACGCGGUGGCCCAGGAUGUCGCCUCGUUCCUUCGCCUCAAGUCUAACUGGGGUGAUCUAGACAAGGCCCGGGGCAGCUUGAGAGCCGUCGAGACGAAGGUUAGAGGUCGCGUCACCAUGGAGAUAGACAAGCUGAACGUCUGCGAUCCUCAGGUGCAGGUGUGGCUGAAUCAUGUCGAUGAGCUACAGCUGGACACCAUUGACGAGGAUUACAGCCAGUUUAUGAAGUAUUCUUGCCUCUGCCAGUGCACCGUGCAUGCUGCGCGCCGUGCAUGGAUCGGCAAGCGUGUUGUGGAGGCGCUGGAGGAGGUGAACAAACUGACCGAGGAAGGGGAGCGAUUCAACAAUUUUGGGUUCAAGCCGCUACCGGAGAUUGUUGAGCGCUUACCCCAAAUCGAGACGUUUGGGUUGGAGUCCAUGCUGACUAAGCUCCAUGAUCUGCUUGAGAAGGGAGACUCGAACAUAAUUGGUGUGUGGGGUCAAGGCGGCAUUGGUAAGACAACUCUCCUCCACGUCUUCAACAAUGAUCUCGAAAAGAAGGCCCGUGACUAUCAGGUUGUUAUUUUUAUUGAAGUAUCCAAUUCAGAGACACUAAACAUAGUGGAUAUACAACAGACUAUCUCCGAAAGGCUUAAUUUGCCAUGGAAUGAAGCAGAGACAGUUGACAAACGGGCCAGAUUCUUGGUAAAGGCACUGGCCAGGAAAAGAUUUGUAUUGCUGCUUGAUGAUGUAAGGAAGAAAUUCCGACUGGAAGAUGUCGGUAUCCCAACUCCAGAUACCAACAGCCAAAGCAAGCUGAUCCUGACAUCACGUUACCGAGAAGUAUGCUUCCAGAUGGGUGCACAGAGGAGCCUGAUCGAGAUCCAGGUUUUAGAUAAUGUUGCUGCCUGGAAACUGUUCUUGAGCAAGCUGAGCAAUGAGGCUUAUGCAGCAGUUGUAUCACCCAGUUCUAACAAUGUUGUUAGGGAGCGUGCUAUGGCAAUAUACCAACGUUGUGGAGGUCUACCACUUGCACUCAAUAUCAUUGGGACUGCUGUGGCAGGCUUGGAAGAACCAAGGGAAUGGAUUUCAGCUGCGGAUGCAAUUAACACCAAUUUGGACAACAUUGAUGGUGUGGAUGAAAUGUUUGCUCAGCUGAAAUACAGCUAUGACAGGCUCACACCCACUCAACAGCAGUGCUUUCUGUACUGCACUCUUUUCCCGGAGUAUGGAUCUAUUAGUAAGGAGCAACUAGUUGAUUAUUGGUUGGCUGAAGGUUUGCUACUCAAUGAUUAUGACAAGGGUUAUCAGAUAAUUCGCAGUCUUAUUUCAGCUUGCCUGUUGCAGACCAGUAGUUCAAUGUCAUCAAAGGUAAAAAUGCAUCAUGUAAUCAGGCAUCUGGGGCUUUGGUUGGUUAACAAGACAGAUCAAAAAUUUCUUGUUCAAGCAGGGAUGGCUUUGGAUAAUGCUCCAUCAUCUGAAGAGUGGAAAGAAGCUACAAGGAUCUCCAUCAUGUGUAAUGACAUCACAGAGCUUUCUUUCUCACCAAAAUGCAAAAACCUCACCACAUUGUUGAUCCAGAAUAACCCAAAUUUGAACAAGCUGAGUUGUGGAUUUCUCAAGUUUAUGCCCUCCUUGAAAGUGCUAGAUCUUUCUCACACUUCAAUAACAUCACUUCCAGAAUGUGAGACGUUGGUUGCAUUGCAGUAUCUCAACUUGUCACAUACACACAUUAUGAGAUUACCUGAGAGACUGUGGUUAUUGAAAGAGCUGAGGCAUCUGGAUCUUAGUGUGACUGUUGCACUUGAAGAUACCUUGAACAACUGCUCAAAGUUACUGAAGCUAAGAGUGCUUAAUCUCUUUCGCAGCCACUACGGGAUUCGUGACGUCGACAAUCUGAACCUGGAUUCCCUGAAGGCACUAAUGUUCCUCGGAAUCACUAUUUAUGCACAGGACGUGUUGAAGAAGUUGAACAAGACUAGUCCGUUGGCAAAGUCGACACAUCGCUUGAAUCUGAAGUACUGUGGAGAAAUGCAGUCGAUCAAAAUCUCCGAUCUCAACCACAUGGUGCACCUUGAGGAGCUGUUUGUUGAAUCAUGCUAUGAUCUGAACACACUGCGUGUCGAUGCUGAGCUGACGACUUCAUGCCUGCAGUCCCUGACCCUCUCGGUUCUUCCAUCAUUGGAGAAUGUCAUUGUUGCACCAAUGCCCCAUCAUUUUUGGUACAUCCGCAAACUGGUCAUUUUGAGAUGCCCCAAAUUGCAGAACAUCACAUGGGUUCUAAGGCUUGAAAUGCUCGAGAGGCUUGUCAUAUCCCAUUGUGAUGAGAUGCUGAAAAUUGUGGAAGAAGCUGAUAGUGAUGAGGAGUCUGGGGUACAAGAAAUGAAAAUUCAGGAUCAUCCUUCUGAAGAGCAAGAAGAUGACGCUAUGGCAGAAAAUCCAUGCGAGGAACGGGAUAAUGAUUAUCAAAGCAUAGGCAAGAGCAAAUUAACCAUUGGCACAAUCCACACCGACUUCCCGAAGUUGAGAUCAAUCGUAUUGACUGAUGUUAAGAAGCUGAGAAGUAUUUGCAAGCCAAGAGAUUUCCCCUCCCUUGAGACCAUCCGGGUGGAGGACUGCCCAAAUUUGAGAAGCCUCCCACUGAGCAGCACAUACAAUUGUGGGAAGCUGAAGCAAGUAUGCGGUUCCUUCGAUUGGUGGGAGAAACUACAGUGGGAGGACAGGGAGGAGGCUGCAUCCAUGGAGAGCAAAUACUUCAUUCCAAUCUGAUACGAUCCCAUUUUUGUGUAUGGUUUCUUCGUCAUAGACAAGCGGCUUCGUUCUGUAUUGGCAUAAACAGGCGGUUCGGAAUAUGCGUAGGUGAUGAGAUGUUCAUACAAGUAGGCUGUAUAUGUUACAUUGCUGAUGUUUGCAAUCCUGUACAUGAUAUGAUUCAUUGUGGUAAAAUACGAAUCCAAUAAAUUCCAAUUGUCGACA